UCAAACUCUUCCAUACAAACACAGUUAUAAUGAAAAAGAUGGAUUUGAAGGGAGUUGUUGGACUUGUUUUUGGAAACGAGGAUUCAACUUCAAAUGAAGAUAGUUAUGUUCAACGAUUGCUUGAUCGUAUAUAUAAUGGUAAACUGGUCGAUGAUAGAAGAAAUGCUAUGGUGGAGCUUCAAUCUGUUGUAGCAGAAAGUCAUGCUGCUCAACUGGCUUUUGGAGAAAUGGGUUUUCCUGUGCUGUUGGGUGUCUUAAGGGAACGUGAGGAUGUUGAAAUGGUUCGAGGGGCACUAGAGACUCUUGUGAGUGCCUUAACACCAAUUUCUCAUGCAAAACUGCCUGCCAAUGCUGUUCAGCCAGCCCUGAUGAAUGCAGAUCUCUUAUCAAGUGAAGGGAAAAGCAUUGAACUUCUUUUGAGCCUGCUGGGAGAGGAUGACUUCUAUAUAAGAUAUUAUACACUUCAACUUCUGACUGCCCUUUUAACAAAUUCUCCCAUUAGGUUACAGGAAGCCAUUCUUACCAUCCAUCAAGGUACAACCCGGCUUAUGGAUAUGCUUAUGGACCGGGAGGUCAUUCGGAAUGAGGCAUUGUUACUUCUCACCUACUUGACUCGUGAAGCGGAGGAAAUACAAAAAAUAUUGGUCUUUGAGGGUGCUUUUGAGAAGAUCUUUAGUAUCAUAAAAGAGGAAGGGGGUUCAGAAGGUGGUGUUGUUGUGCAGGACUGUCUUGAAUUGUUAAAUAAUCUCGUCCGCAGCGUUCCAUCUAAUCAGGUGCUGCUGAGGGAGACUAUAGGGUUCGACUCAUUGAUAUCAAUUUUGAAGCUCCGAGGAACCACAUACAGCUUCACUCAGCAAAAGACGAUCAAUCUACUGAGUGUCUUGGAAACAAUUAGUUUGCUGCUGAAUGGAGGUUCGGAGACUGAUCCUGCAAGUAACAGUAAUAGAUUAACAAACAAAACAGUUCUUGUCCAGGGAAAUAUAUUGGACCAUCUACUAAUGCUAGGUGUUGAAAGUCAAUGGGCCCCUGUUUCUGUACGUUGUGCGGCGUUUCAAUGCAUAGGUGAUCUCAUUUCUGGACAUCGUCAGAAUCUUGAUGCCCUUGCCAGUAAAUCUCUUGGUGAUGAACCAGAGAUUGAGCCAGCUCUGAAUUCAAUCCUGCGAAUCAUCUUACGGACUUCAAGCAUGCAAGAAUUUAUUGCAGCUGACUAUGUUUUCAAGAGCUUUUGUGAGCAAAACAGCGAUAAUCAGAAGAUGUUGGCAUCAACUCUAAUCCCUCAGCCUAUGUCAAUGACCAAUGCUCGAUUUGAGGAAGACGUGAAUAUGUCAUUUGGAAGCAUGCUAUUGCAUGGGCUUGUCACGAGUGAACUUGAUGGUGAUCUUGAGACUAGUUGCAGAGCUGCUAGCGUUCUUUCUCAUGUAAUGAAAGAUAAUAUUCAAUGCAAGGAAAAGGUCUUACAGAUUAAACUCGAAUCGUCAAUGCCUUCAUUAGGAUCCCAGGAACCGCUGUUGCACCGUAUGGUAAAGUACUUGGCUCUUGCAACUUCCAAGAAGCGGAAAGACGGAAAAUCAACUACUCCAAGAAAUUCUUAUUUCCAACCAAUAAUCUUGAAACUUCUUGUCACGUGGCUUUGUGAUUGCCCGCCUGCAGUGCAGUCUUUCUUGGAUUCACAUCCUCACUUAACAUAUCUAAUUGAGCUGGUAUCAAAUGGCGAGUCAACAGUCUGUGCACGGGGUUUAGCAGCUGUUCUUCUUGGGGAAUGUGUCAUUUAUAAUAAAAGCAGUGAGUCUGGUAAAGAUGCAUUUGCAAUAGUCGAUGCCAUAAGUCAAAAAAUCGGGCUUACAUCUUACUUUUUGAAGCUUGAUGAGAUGCAAAAAAGCUUUCUAUUUUCAUCUGAAAAGGCAACUCAAGCUCAAUCACGUAAACCAUUGACCAGAUCAAAUGCUAAUAGUAUGGCAGAAAUGGAAGAUAUUGAUGAAAAAGAGUCAACUUUCAACGAGAAUGAUGACCAUCCAAUGCUUGCUUCAAUGUUCGAUCCUCAGUUUGUCAGUUUUAUUAAAAAUUUGGAAGUUGGUAUUAGAGAUAGCAUAGUAAGAAUAUAUAGCCAUCAAAAGAGCAAUGUGUCGGUGGUGCCAGCAGAAUUGGAGCAGAGAAAGGAUGAAAGAGAUGGGGAUUAUAUCAAGCGACUUAGAUCAUUUAUGGAGAAGCAAUGCUCUGAGAUUCAGGACCUUCUUAACAGAAAUGCUAUAUUAGCCGAGGACCUAGCUAGUAUUGGUGGAGGUGGUUCAACCCGUAGCGAACCUAGACCAAAUAGUGGCACAGAUAGGGUCCAAAUACAGAAACUGAGUAGAGAUCUUCAAGAAGCUGCCCGACAGUUGGAGAUGCUCAAAACGGAGAACAUGAAUAUUCAAAGUGAGGCGUUAUCUUACAAAAACGUGUCGGAAAAAAUGGAAACUGAUCUGAAGAGCCUCUCAGAUGCGUACAAUAGCCUGGAACAGGCAAAUUAUCAUUUAGAAAUGGAAGUGAGAGCAUUGAAGAGCGGAGAAGCUAUUCCAAGCCUAGAUAUUGAGAAAAUAAAAGCAGCAGCACGGGAGGAGGCACAGAAAGAGAGUGAAGGCGAACUCAAUGAUUUGCUUGUAUGUCUUGGUCAAGAACAGAGCAAAGUGGAUAAAUUGACCGCAAGAUUAGUGGAGUUGGGAGAAGAUGUUGAUGUUUUGCUUGAAGGUAUUGGAGAUGACACAGGACUACCAGAUGAUGAUGAUGACGACGACAAAGAAGAAUGACACUGCUGUUCAAAAAACAAUAAGAUGGUAAAUUAAGGUGUAAUUGUCAUUUUGUUUUCUGCCCUUUGAAUUUGCACCGUAUUCAGAAUCCUUGUGUACAUGUAAAAUGUUCACGUGUACAGACUGCCAUGGUUUGGCCCAUGCCGACAAUCCUCUUUGGCCACUGAUGGAAGAGAACUAUUUAUACAGUUAAAGUUCAAAAGGUUCAA